GCACCGCCCCGCGGAGACGUGCAGGCCCUCGCGAGGCCAGAGGCUGAGGUGGCAGUGACUCUGCCGACAUGGAGCUGCUGCAGAUGCCGGAGCUGAUGGGGCUGUCGCUGUUGCUCGGGCUGCUGGCCCUGAUGGCGACGGCGGCGGUAGCGCGGGGGUGGCUGCGCGCGGAGCAGGAGACGUGCGGCCGGUCCCUAGGCCAAAGAGCAAAUGGAUUUCCACCUGACAAGUCCUUGAGAUCCAAGAAGCAGAAACAACAUCAGCGGAUUCACAAGGAAAAGCCUCAGCAACACAACUUCACCCACCGCCUCCUGGCUGCAACACUGAAGAGCCACAGUGGGAACAUAUCUUGCAUGGACUUUAGCAGCAAUGGCAAGUACCUGGCCACCUGUGCAGAUGACCGUACCGUCCGCAUCUGGAGCACCAAGGACUUCCUGCAGCGGGAGCACCGCAGCAUGAGAGCAAAUGUGGAGCUGGACCAUGCCAUCCUGGUGCGCUUCAGCCCUGACUGCAGAGCAUUCAUCGUCUGGCUGGCUAACGGAGAUACCCUCCGUGUCUUCAAGAUGACCAAGCGAGAGGAUGGGGGCUAUACUUUCACGGCCACCCCAGAGGACUUUCCUAAAAAGCACAAGGCAGCCAUCGUCAACAUUGGCAUUGCUGACACAGGGAAGUUCAUCAUGACUGCUUCCAGUGACACAACUAUCCUCAUCUGGAAUCUGAAAGGUCAGGUGCUGUCUACCAUCAACACCAACCAGAUGCACAAUACAUCUGCUGCUAUAUCCCCUUGUAGCAGGUUUGUGGCCUCAUGUGGCUUCACCCCAGAUGUAAAAGUUUGGGAAGUCUGCUUUGGGAAAAAAGGGGACUUCCAGGAGGUUGUGCGAGCCUUUGAACUGAAGGGCCACUCUGCAGCCAUCCACUGCUUCGCUUUCUCCAAUGACUCCCGGAGGAUGGCCUCUGUCUCCAAGGAUGGUACGUGGAAACUGUGGGACACAGAUGUGGAAUACAAGAAGCAGCAGGACCCCUACUUGCUGAGGACGGGCCGUUUUGAAGAAGCGAGCGCCGUGCCGUGCCGCCUGGCACUCUCCCCGGACGCCCAGGUUUUGGCUUUGGCCAGUGGCAGCAGUAUUCAUCUCUAUAAUACCCGGCGGGGUGAGAAGGAGGAGUGCUUCGAGCAGGUCCAUGGGGAGUGUAUCAGUGACUUGUCCUUUGACGUCACUGGCCGGCUUCUGGCCUCCUGUGGGGACCGGGCAGUGCGGCUCUUCCACAACACCCCUGGCUACCGGGCAGUGGUGGAAGAAAUGCAGGGCCUCCUGAAGCGGGCCUCCAAUGAGAGCACCCGCCAGAGGCUACAGCAGCAGCUGACACAGGCCCAGGAGGCCCUGAAGAGCCUGGGUGCCUUGAGGAAAUGACUCUGGGAGGGCACAGCAGGAAGGAUCUGGCCUUCUGCCUUCGCUGCCGCGGCUUUUCCCAGGUACUCCCCAGCUGGAAGCCUUUUGAAAGGGGUGUGCUGAUUUUCUUAAUAGUGACUCUUCUCUCCUCUUUCCCACUGAAACUAUUCUUGCCUACUUAGAUCUCUCUCUCUUCUUGCUGGUGUGACUCCGGCCUUACUUGACCUCCCAGGCCAACGACCAAGGUGCUUUUCUUUUUCCUGCGCCCAAGGGGUGGAAUCUGUCUUCACCGGGCAUGAGGAGAGUGGUAAUUAGAAGAGAAAGAGAGAACAUGGUCUUUGACCUUGUGGCAACACACCCUGCUAUCCAAAGAAGCGUGUAAUUGUGGGACUUCCCUGACGGUCCAGUGGUUAAGACUCUGCGCUCCCAAUGCAGGGGGCCUGGGUUUGAUCCCUGGUCGGGGAACAAAAAAAAAAAAAAAAAAAAAGA